AUGCCAACAACGAUGUUGAUGAAUGAUGACGCCGAAGACGAACAAAACAAUGAGUACCAGAAGUGUGACAGAGCACAACAAGGGCAACUAAUGGCAACAAACCACAAGAACGAGGGGUUUUCCUCCGAUGGUGAAGAUGUGAAACUACUACCUAAUGCUGACAUUAAGCUCUUUAUGUCUCGGUCUAAGCUUUUGCUGGCAAAAAUCAAUAGAGCACAAAGGGUAAAGGCAAGGGCAGAAGCUGAUAUCACAAUAAGGGAGUUAGCACAGCAGGUGAGGCACCAAAGACAAAUUGAGGAGGCAACUUUAAGAGAUCUCCCUCAGAAGGUCCAGGAGGGGUCUAUGCCGGGUCUUAAGAGGUUAUGUUUCUGGAUAAUUCAAGUUGUUCUUCCACUGAGGAGCAGGGGUGUUUUUUCCAGAGAGCAGGUGGCAAUGGUACGGGUAUUUGAGGAGAGGAAGGUCGAACUGAGGAUUUUGGGUAUUCCACCAAAUUAG